UUAAAAAGAGCGGCACCAAUAGUAAAGCAGAAAAGAAACACCUGCGUAAACUCAAAACUACUGUACAGUGUCGUGUGACGCUGUGUUAUUUACGGACUAUAAUCGAUUUCUUAGCCGUAGCUAACAGUUGAAUUGCUUGGGAGACUGGAAAUAUAGGAAUAGGGCAGACGAGUGCUACUGAAAAUGAAUUUAGCUGAAAUUAAAAAGUUGAAAGUGGCCGAUUUACGGGCCAAACUCCAGGAACGAGGCCUGGAUUCGAAAGGGCUCAAGGCCGACCUUGUAGAGCGCCUAAUGUCCGCGAUUGAAGCCGAGUCGCAGGGCAGCGCGACAGGCGAGACCGAGGAUGAGAAGAGGCCUGUCGGAGAAGAAGAAGAGAUGGAAACGCAGGGAGAUCCUGUAAUGGAUCUGCCCGUGUUGGCGGUCGAAAGUGAAGCAGAAGCGAGUCGGCAACUGCCGACUGGAGUAGCGGAAGUUAGUCCGACAGUGAAAGCAAAUGAGGGAUUCACUCAAGUAGGCGGACUGGCCAUGCCCGGAUCCGGGAUUUCCGAGGAGUUGACCUCUACCGGAGCUCCCGGAGCUGCAAUUUUAAAAGCCGACUUUCCCGCAAGCUCUGUGCUGGGACAGGAGAAGGUUUCCCAGCAGAUAUCAGUCGAAAGCUUUCAUUCCAAGCCGGAUCACACUGGGGUAGCAUCGGAGUCGCUGCUCAAAGCAUCACCAGAGCAGGACUUGUUCCCGGUCCCAGCCAAAGAUCACGAGAAGAAGCCCGAGCAGGAGCCGGAAUCUGAGGGCGCUUUAGUGGAAAGUUCUCCUCCGGAGGAUAUUCGGCGGGAACAGCAGCGAAGUAAUGAUCAGCCUGAGCUCCAAGCGGCAGCUUACCACCAGGCCGCCGGACCGCGUACCGGCGUGACUGCUUCUCCCGGUAGUGAACCCCCGUGCCCCGAAGUCCAAGACGGCGAUGAACCUGCGGGCGUUGAAUGCGCCGAAUCCCGGAGUGGCGUGGAGGAGGAAGAGGGACUGAACGGCGGCGCUGGGCGGAGGGGCGAAGACGCGGAGGCCGAAAAGGGCAGCGAGGAAGAGACCGGCUCGGAGCCCGAGAAAGGCGAGCAGCAGAACCGGAGCGCAGGUCAGCACGCUUCGCUGUUCAGUUUCCCGGGCAAGAUUGUGCGCAGCUACACUAGUGUCCCAAGUCCUGCGCAGAAGGACCAGAUUCUGCAGCAGGCUACACAGUGCCUGAGUGAGCUCAUCAGGAUAGCGGCCCGGCGCCGCCGAAACUACAUCCUGGACCAGGCCAACGUGUACUCCUCAGCGCAGCGGCGCAAGAUGCAGCGGUUCAGUGGCUUCCAGCGGCGGGCGGUGGUGGUUUGUCCGAAGGAUGAGGAGUGGAGGAGGCGCCUGGAGCUGCACCAGCAGCAGGAGGGAGAGGAGGUGCCGGAAAUGUCCCUCCUGAAAGUGAAGGUGAGCUUCUCGCUGCCGGAGCAGGGUGACUAUCUGGAGGAGGUGCUAUUCCCUGAGCUGUCCCGCAGCGAGGCCGAGAAGCUGCUGGCCGGGUAUAAAGAGGAGGCGCGGCGCCUCCUCCCCACCCCGCCCAAGCGCAAGAAGCCCCGCACCUGGCGAAACAAGCCCCUCCCCUCUGGACCCCCGGGCCGUAACCAUAGAGACUGGGGCCAUGGCUGGAACAGAGGCAGCUACAAUCCUCGCCCCUAUGGACAACAGCCGUUCUGGGGCCAACAGCGCCGAGAGGACUUCCGGCCGUUCUAUGGUCAGCAACGUACGGAGGUAGACCGCUUCUACGGCCGUGAGUACAACCCCCAGCGGUACCGGGACUAUUACCGGCAGUAUUCUGGGGAGUGGAAUUCAUAUUACCAAGACCAGGGUUACUAUGGCAACAGAAACUAUGGCUAUGGUGGUGGCCGUCGAGGUCAUUGGUAAACGAAAUUACGUUGUAUCUUAAGGGCAGCUAAAACAACUUCUGUCCUUUUUUGUUUGUUUUUUGUUUUUUUUUUUUAAAAUAACCAGUUUGAAAAUGUAUGUAAAUCUGUUUUAACCUUAAGGGAACGUAGUUGAUUUUAGUGAACAAUUUCUCUUCUGCUUUUAUUCCAAAGACAUUUUUCUUUCUUCUUUUUUUAAAUGUUUUUUUUUUUUUUCUUUAAAAUCCUCACUAUAGAUUUCAGAGUGGUUUAAAUGAUAUAACCUGUGAAGAGAAUGUGGCCCCACCAUGCUAACAUUUUAAAAUGAGGAAUGGUAUAUGUUUUUGAGCUUGAGUGGGAAUUAAAAUAGUUUCCCUUUUGUGUUUCUCUUUUUGACAAACCAGCAACAAUUGGUAAUUUUUUUUUCCCCUCCAUUUUGAAAUGUCAGUUUAUACUUUUUUUUAUUUUUCAUUUUAAGCCUGAGCUGUCUUAACUUGUAAAUCUAAAACCUUCCCCAGGAAUCCCUGGACUUUUUAUAUAGGGUAAAAUGUACAUAUUACGUGUACCCCCCCUCUCUCGCUUGUACAGAGCUUCUGGGGGGGGUUAGGUUCUAUGUUCUUCUGUAGGGUCACUCCCCGACCCUGUAUAUUGGUAGCGUCAUUGUCACAAAGGAGUGCUCCCACCACGUGGAGGAGGACAGGGUGGCCGUGGUGGAGCGUAACACUCAGCGACUGGAGAGGUACGCAUCACUGUAACCAUAGAAACUCGUCGGCACCCAGCAUGUGAUUUGAUGCCGGGGAAUGCCGGCUCCUGUGCAGUGAUGCGUUCCUGAUGGGCUCUGCGGCGCCAGGCUGUACAUAUAUGCCACUCCCCCCCCCCAAUCACCCUAGCGUCCUGCUGUACUGUUGUGCUUUCACUUUUUUGGGAAACCUGAAGGCCUGCAGAUGGCCGUGGGACACGUAUCGCUUACCCCCCCCCCCCCCCCCCCCCCCCCCCCCCCCCCCGUCAGCGUGAGGUGGCACUUUGGCCUCCUGCCGGCUGUCUGUCUGCCGAUGGAUGGUUCCAGACCUUCUCAGUUGACACUUUCAGCUGAACUUUCCCUCUCUCUCCUAAGUCUUCACUGUCUGCACUGUCAUUUCUACUUCACCGUAGAAGAGUGGGGAGGUGCCGCUGAACGGGUUUUUGUAAAGGAUUGAGGGACUAGUUGGUAUAGGUCUGCUGUGUGAUGAAGACCAUUUUGUGAUGGUUUGUUCAUCUGUAUCCAAGACUCUACAGUAUCCUGUGCGUUAAUCCAGUGAGUUAAUCCCUCUUAAAUAUGCAGUUUAUAACCAGUUUUCCUCCUCCUACGUGCUCUGCUUGACUGGUAGGAUCGUGUGGCUUUUGUCUAGAAAUACAUCAUUAUCUUACUACUGAUUAUCAGAAGCAAUAUGUAAGCUACUCUGUUUCAUAUAUCCGGUCUGGCUGGUAUUUCCUCCUCUUGCUUAUUUAGUUUUUAAAUUGUAUUUUUUUUUAAUUGAUUUGAAUUGACAAUGGAUGUUUUUUUCCCCACCUCUGGAAAAGUUAUGUAAAUCCAGUAUUAUGGGCAUGGUCUGCACAUUGGGUUAUAAUGUAAUUUGCAAAUUCAGGAGUAGUGUUGCCUCAAACCAACCUAUGCAGUUAAUGCUGUUGAGUUAGUAAGCCCUGGAUGAUUGGCUACAAAUCUAAAAUCUUUAUAUGGCUUGAAGGAUAUUAAGUAGAGGGCUGAGAGCACAGAAUUGUGGGUAAUCAGUAUUGCAGAGGACAUUGCGUCCAAUGUAAAUGUAUUAGCUCUCAUGUUCGGGCAGCAGUUUCAUUUGCACUCUUAUGUGUUUAUGUUCUGUGAGCUUUUUUUUUGCCAGUGGGGCGUGCACAAAGUAAAUGGUUGAUCUCCGAGCCCUGCAGCUCUCCUCCUGCCCUCCCCCAGUCAGAUCAUUGGUGACUCACGGCUUUUCUACCAGGGGUUGCAUGGUCAGCGAGCCCAACCACUCAUUUGAUAAAAAAAUAUAUAUAUGCAUUUACUCUUUUAUUUUGUAGACAUCGAUGUGACUAGCACAAACCAUGUUUUCAAUAAAUUUUGGAGUUAAAAUUAAACUUAAUAUGUUCAUGUUCAAAUAGCAUUUUUAUCUUAUUGAACCCCUGUACCCCGGUAAAAUCGCCUGUGAGUUGCUUGCUUCUCCUUAGGGUUGUCCACCUUCAAAAACAUCUCCCACUGUUGGUGAUCCCAUACCUAACAUUAGAUGUUGUACGUAUCCGGGGGGGAGGGGGGGGUUCACUUUUAAAAUAAAUGACUUGCAUACUACUGACCAACCCAGCACACCCACCGCAUGCUGGAUUUUUGGGUUCACAUUUGCAGCUGUGUAGACAUGCAAAAAUGCUAUUUGGUGUCUUAUUCAAAAAUGACUAUUUAAAUUUUGAUUGUAAUCUUUUUGAAUGAAUUGUAUUCUAUAUUGAUAUUGCUGUAAAUUACAAAUGUUCAUUCAACCUUUUUAAAGAAGGGUUUUUUUUAUAUAUGUGAGUUUGAAAAAGUGAUUGAGCUUAUAACUGCCCUUUGCACAGCCUCCUAUAAACUAAUAUUCAGUCCUAAAUUAGUUUUUUUUUUCUUGUUUAUUUUGAUGAGAAACAUGAACAUAAUUGUUAAUUGGAAACAAUGCUGUUGACUGAUUUUUCUAAAGCAUGAAGGCUGUUUUAAAAAGCCAAUAAAACAAUAUUAUUUACUGAUUUUAAAAA